AUUCUCAGUCAAGGUUACGUUGGCGAUUUGUGAAACCACUGGGGUGAACCUUGCUAUUUGUCACGGUUACGGUUGGUUUCAGCAACUGCCGUACAUCAAUGAAGAUUUGAAAAUGAAAGAGAUAAUAACCUUUAGGGGACAGGCAGUAACAAUUGCCCUUAUUGAGAGAAAAAAAAAACCAAUAGGAAAAGUGCACACAACGAGUAGCACUCACAAACAUCGAGGUUCCAUGCUUUUGGGUCCGGCUUUCGUUGUGGCGUAACUCCACUGGCGCAACGAUACAGGAACACCUAUUCACUGGCAUCUCCCGUUGCUGGAAACGGCAAGGUAGCAUCUUGGACCUCGUGUCACACUGUAGAGGGACACAACGAAGCCAAUUCAGCGUCAAGUCAAAACUGUACCCGUUUUUGGAGGAACUAUUCAAAGUGAAGUUGGAGUUAUCAACUUCCACCGUGCGUUUCCGAACGACACAGACAAAAUAACAUGCAAGUGAAAACAUCUCUUAUACAAGAGACAGAGCUUCAGCCAUGAAAAUCAAGCUAGUUCAACUGAUACUUGUUCUUUCAGUAGUGGUUGCGAUAAUUCUUGUACUUGCCAAUAAAUUGUUCUUCGACGAGCGUAGGAGCGUUUCCAAAAGCGUUACCGCCGCUUCCACAAAGCUAAAGGCGAACGCCGUUUCCGAAAAGGCAAACGCCAGAAAGGUCGACGACCUCCGGCAACUCACUCAGGGGACAAUUAAGAACAAGCACCGAAAUGACAUGCGCAGAUUCCCCGAACUCGUCCGGAAGGAUGAAGCCAAACAGCCGAACGUUAUCUUCAUUCUGGCCGAUGACUACGGUUACUAUGACAUUGGUUACCAUGGCUCCGAGAUCAAGACGCCCGUUAUGGAUAGACUAGCCGCCGAGGGCGUGAAACUGGACAACUACUAUGUCCAGCCGAUCUGCACCCCGACCAGGACACAGCUGAUGACCGGACGAUACCAGAUUCACACGGGAUUCCAGCAUUCUCUGAUCUGGCCCUACAUGCCCAGCUGCCUGCCUCUAGAUGAGAUCACUGUGGCCCAGAAGCUGAAGGAGGUUGGGUACUCAACCCACCUGAUCGGCAAGUGGCACUUGGGUCUGUACAAGAAGGCUUGCUGGCCGACACGGCGGGGCUUCGAUACAUUCUUCGGGCUGUUGCUUGGGAGUGGAGAUUACUACAAGCACCAGAGAUUCGACGACUUUGACUUCCGCGAUCAGGAGGAGCUGGCGUGGGGUUACCAGGGCCAAUACGCCACCCAUGCCUUCGCAAAACGCGCCCAAGACAUCAUCGCAAAACAGAAGAAAAACGAACCAUUUUUCAUGCUUUUCUCAAACCAAGCGGUUCAUGCACCUCUUCAAGUCCCCAGCCGGUACCUAGAGCAGUACAAUCACAUAAAGGACCAGAGCCGCAAGCUGUAUGCCGGCAUGACAACAUGCAUGGACGAAGCGAUAGGGAACAUCACCCGGGCACUCAAAGAACAUGACCUGUACAAAAACACAGUGAUUAUAUUUUCCACAGACAACGGUGGUGAUCCAAAGUUAGGAGCAAGCAACUGGCCCCUCAGGGGCGCAAAACGAACCCUCUGGGAAGGAGGCAUACGCGGCAUAGGGUUUGUGCACAGCCCCCUCCUGCACCCUCGAGUCCGGGGCACCACAAACAGGGAGCUCAUCCACGUCAGCGAUUGGUUUCCCACGAUCGUUGCGGGCCUCUCCGGGGGCAAACUGGAAGGCCAUAAACCGUUGGAUGGCUUUAAUGUGUGGGACACUAUCAGGUUUGGUACCCAAUCUCCUCGCGACGAGAUCCUUCACAACAUCGACCCAUUCGAGGGUUACGAUCACCCGUUCUCGGAUGCGCUCUACAACAACUUUACUUUCGAUCCAAAGAUGAGAUCAGCGAUUCGUGUGGGCGACUGGAAACUGCUGACGGGCCCCGUUGGUGAGCCUCGUACUUGGGUCCCACCGGCGGGCUUGCCAGGCCUUCGACCGGAAAAGCCCCGCGAUCGGAAGGGCCAAAUGGUCUGGCUGUUCAACAUCCGAGACGACCCCUACGAACGCCACGACAAGUCCGCCCAGCGACCGGACAUCGUGAAGGUGCUGAUGGCUCGUCUGCAGGAGCAUUAUGCAAGCUCGGUCCCGAUCAUCUAUCCGCCCGACGACCUCAGGGCCGAGCCCAAACUGCAUAAUAAUACAUGGACUAACUGGGAAUAAAAUCACAAUGGAUGGGGAGAGAGGGUGCCAACAACCUCGCUCCCAUGGUGUCAAGCAGUACGCUCACACCACCGCCUAAUGCACUCUUACCCCGGUAUAGGAUCAUGUUGAAUGAUUUUGCACAUGUAUGUCAAUUGGGAAUAUAGUCCGGUGCUAAUUGCAUGGAUGUACUUUGUUCUUUGACGGUUUCUUAUUUGUUUAUACGUAGCCAUUCAGUUAUUAGAGAUUUGUAUGAAACUGGGUUUUAUUUGGGGGAAAAGGGUAUGCUUUGGAAAAUUUGCCAUGCCAAUAUGUGUUUGUCCGCUAAACAGCGGACAAUUUGUUAUGGUUAAACUUUCAGCUUAUAGACCUAUAGGAAAUUCAGUUGCCCUGACACCAUUUAACAGGAGCUAGUUUUGUUAUAAAAUCAGUGUUCAUGUUUUUGGAAAUACCGUCUUAUUUAUGAGACUUUUAAAACUGAAAUUAAGUGUUGUGUGAUAUUUUCUAUUCUUUCCUUUAAAUUAAUUUCAAUUUCGUGGUGGUAUUUUAAUUGCAUAGAAAAGAGGAACAUGAUGUGAAAAUCAUGGUGAAAGCGGGGGAAAAAAACAAAGGCAUUGCAGCGUACCAUGCAUUCUAUAAAUGAUUAUUUUAUGAUUAUAUACAGCUUUCAAGUAAAACAAAUUAUCAAUAAGCUUUAAAAGCUGCUUAUAUUAUGGCCAUUGGUAAAUUAAAAGGGCGCAAUGUGCAUCCGAUGCGAAAUCUAACAAGUCUAUAAGUUACUCCAAACAGUUAUUAUGCUUUUAACUCCAUCUUUAUGUUGAAAUUGUAUUGUGAAUUGCUAAGAGGUCAGUGAGAGAGGGAAUUAAAAUAUUGGUGUUAACAAUCAA